AACGUAUGGAGACUGAACUGCUGAUAGAAGAGAGUUUGACUAUAAGGAAACUAUGUUGAUAUUUAGGGCGCAGUGCGAUUAAAUUGUAAUCCAGACACAGAGAGAGAGAGAGAAAAAUGGAGGGGGAGGAGAAGGAGAAGAAGGAGAAGCGGGUGAGAAACAUAUGCAUAGUGGCACAUGUGGAUCAUGGAAAGACGACCCUUGCGGAUCAUCUGAUAGCGAGAGCAGCGAGAGGGCUGGUCUCUGAGAGGCAGGCGGGCAGAGUUCGGUUUCUGGACUAUCUGGAUGACGAGCGGCAGCGCGCCAUCACCAUGAAGAGCUCCUCCGUGGCGUUGCGCUAUGGAGGUUACACUAUCAACCUUAUAGAUUCGCCCGGUCACAUUGAUUUCUGCGGAGAAGUUUCCACAGCUGCUCGUCUUAGCGAUGGUGCCCUGGUUGUGGUCGACGCCGUCGAGGGCGUGCACGUUCAGACCCACGCUGUGCUCCGCCAGGUCUGGCUUGAGCACCUCACGCCUUGCCUCCUCUUGAACAAGAUCGACCGUCUUAUCACCCAUCUCAAGCUUUCUCCCAUGGAGGCCUAUGCCAAAUUACAGAGCAUUGUCCACGAGGUCAAUAAUAUUAUCAGUGCCUUUCGUUCCGAGAAAUAUCUGUCUGAUGUUGACUCCAUGCUUGCGAAAGCAGGCGGAGGCGAGUCUGAUGACAUUGACAUUGACAGUCAAGAGGAAGACGCAUUUCAACCUCAGAAGGGUAAUGUUGCAUUUAUCUGUGCAUUAGAUGGAUGGGGAUUUUGUAUAGCUCAGUUUGCCGAUCUCUAUGCUUCUAAGCUUGGUGCAAGCUCCACAGCUUUGAAGAAGGCCUUAUGGGGAAAUCACUAUUAUAUCCCAAAGACCAAGAAGAUUGUGGGAAAAAAAGCUGCAGGCAACAAGGCAAAGCCUAUGUUUGUGCAAUUUAUUCUGGAACCUUUGUGGCAAGUGUACGAGUCUAUUCUUCAAGGCAAUCAGGGUCAGGAAAUGCUGCAGAGAGUAAUCAAGUCUAUGAACUUAAAUAUUCCUUCUUGGGAUUUGCAGCAUAAAGACCCCAAAAUUGUUCUUCAAGCAGUCAUGACCAGAUGGCUUUCACUUUCAGAUACAGUUCUAUCAAUGGCUAUAGAUUGUUUGCCAGAUCCUGUUUCAGCUCAGUCACAGCGUAUUUCACGCUUGCUUCCCAAACCAGAAGUUUUAACUGGCGCCGAUCAUAAUGUGCUUGUAGAACUGGAACGUGUUAGAAGGGCUGUGGAGACUUGUGAUUCUAGUAGCAGUGCACCCUCUAUAGCUUUUGUUUCAAAAAUGUUUACUAUUCCUGUAAAUAUGCUUCCUCGUCAAGGUCCUGGUGGGGAAUUGUUAGAUAAUUUAGUGGAAGAAUUAGGACUUGGUGACAUUGAUGCAGGUCGUCAGGAUUCCUUCCUUGCAUUUGCCAGGGUAUUCAGUGGUGUGAUUUCUACCGGACAGAGAAUAUUUGUACUCUCUUCAUUAUACGACCCCUUAAGAAUGGAAUCUCAGCAGAAACAUGUGCAAGAGGCAAAGGUAGAAGCCUUAUAUAUGAUGAUGGGAAGAGGUUUAGAGCCUGUUGCCACUGCUUCUGCUGGCAACAUAGUUGCAAUCAGAGGCCUUGGACAGCAAAUUUUGAAAAGUGCUACCCUCACAUCAACGCUAUGCUGCUGGCCCUUUGCAAGUAUGACCUACCAAGCUGGACCUAUCUUGAGAGUGGCUAUAGAACCUUCAAAACCAUCUGAUAUGGCAGCUCUUGCCAAAGGAUUGCAGCUUCUAAGCAAGGCGGAUCCUUUUGUUGAAGUCAGUGUGUCUAGUAGAGGUGAGCACGUUCUUGCAGCUGCUGGGGAGGUGCAUUUAGAGAGAUGUAUUAAGGAUUUAAAAGACAGAUUUGCUCGCGUUGGGCUGGAAGUUUCACCUCCAAUUGUAUCUUAUCGAGAGACAAUAGAAGCAGAUGCCACACAUUCUAUGGACAGCUCUAGGAGUGGAUCUGUAUCUACUGAUUUUGUUGAGAAGACCACUCCCAAUGGCAGAUGCAUUGUGCGGGUGCAAGUAAUAAAAAUGCCUUUUUUGCUAACCAAGGUACUGGACGAUAGUGCAGACAUCUUCCAAACUAUCUUAGAAGGGAAGCCAGAACACAGAAAGACCGUUGGUGUAAGUUUGAAGGAAAAAAUUCAGAGUGAGCAGAAGAGUUUAGGGGAAGAAAGUGAAGUGACAGAAGAUCAUGUUUUGAUGCUAAGGAAAAGGAUGAUUGAUGCUGUAGAAAGGGAGAUGAACAAUGGAAGUCAAGAUAGAAAGCCAUGGCUUAGUAUGCUCCAAAGGAUAUGGGCGAUGGGGCCAAGGCACAUUGGUCCAAAUAUUUUGCUAUCCCCAAAUUUGUCAUCUCGGGGAGGAGACAUAAAAGGUUUGGGUGGUGUUUCAGAUGGUGACACUUGGAGCAUUGAGUCUGUUUUGGUAUGUGGUUCUCCUUACAUCUCAGAAAAAAUAGGCCUUUUGGAGGUUCUGGCUGAAAAAUCAACAGAGGCAGCUUCCAUCACCAAAGAAAAUGAAUUUGGAUAUGAUUUGCUUAAUAUGGAGGCAGAAAGUUUGCAAAGUAGUGUUGUCUCAGGUUUCCAGCUGGCAACAGCAGCUGGACCAUUGUGUGAUGAACCUAUGUGGGGACUUGCAUUCCUUGUGGAAGCUUACAUAUUUCCAAGGAGGAACAUGUCUUUAAAUGGCAGUGAUUCAAUUGGUGAAAAUGUCAACAAGAAUGAUAUACAGCUUCCAGAACAAUAUGGUCCAUUCUCAGGACAAGUAAUGACUGCUGUUAAAGAGGCAUGCAGGACUGCCAUGCUUUUGAAAAAACCACGUCUUGUGGAAGCAAUGUAUUUUUGUGAGGUCAGUACUCCAACUGAAUAUUUAGGUUCAAUGUAUGCUGUGCUUGCUCGGAGACGUGCACGGAUCCUGAAGGAAGAGAUGCAGGAAGGUUCAGAUUUAUUCAGUGUACAAGCUUAUAUGCCAGUUGCAGAAAGCUUUGGGUUUGCAGAUGAGCUUAGGAGAUGGACAUCAGGAGCAGCAAGUCCUCAACUUCUUCUUAGCCACUGGGAGGUUCUUCCACAAGAUCCAUUCUUUGUACCAACAACAGAGGAGGAAUUGGAGGAGUUUGGGGAUGGUUCAAGCGUUCCACCAAAUACAGCUAGAAAGAUGAUUGAUUCAGUAAGACGACGUAAGGGUCUCCCUGUAGAGGAGAAGGUGGUGCAACAUGCAACAAAGCAACGUACAUUGUCACGGAAGGUCUGAUGUUCUGCAGCGAUAAUCAUUGUAUGGUCUUAAUACACCAUUUAUAUGCCUUCUCCUUGAUCCAUUCAGGAUAAAUGCUAUUUGUUUGUUAUUAGUUGCUGCUGGAGGCAGGUUUCUUAUGCAUCCAUUGGAUGUGAUUUCUUGGACACUUUCUAACCAAUAAAAAAUGACCACAAUUACUAAAGUUUGCAAUUAUCUAUUUUUUAUUGUAAUUAUAGAUAAAUUAUUAUUCAUGAUUGCUAUUGGCUGUUCUUGAUGCAUUCAAGAUGUCAUUAUGAGUUGCUGCUAGAGGCAGGUUACUUAUGCAUCCAUUGGAUGCAAUCUCUUUGACACUGUAAGCAAUCAAAAUUCAGAUUUAAAGAAAGUUGACCACAAUCACCAGAGUUUGCAAUUAUCUAUUUUUUAUUGAAAUUAUAAAAUAAUGAUGAUUGCUA